UUAAUGCUCACACACGGCAAACGCGUUUUAAAGACCGAUGGGCUGGUGAUAAAUGCAAGCUAACAGAGUUAACGCAAUCAACCAGCUGGACUAUCAAUAUUUUGGAAAAUGGGAAUAGCCGAUGAGGCUGACCGGACUCUGUUUGUCGGGAACCUGGACCCUCAAGUAACAGAAGAAGUUAUAUUCGAGCUGUUUUUACAGGCUGGGCCGUUGAUAAAAGUCAAAAUCCCUAAAGACAGUGAUGGAAAAUCAAAACAGUUUGCAUUUGUAAACUUCAAACAUGAAGUGUCCGUGCCCUAUGCCUUAAACUUGCUGAAUGGAAUCCGUCUCUAUGGACGGCAGCUCAACAUACAGUUCAGAGCCGGCAGCAGUCAUAUCAGUCAGGAAGGCAAAAGUCCAGCAAACUCUCAAAACCCCAGUCCAGCAAAUACACCAGGUCACCGCGGUGGAAGAACCCCUGAGAAGAUGGGCUCUCCGUCCUACUCCCCUCCGCAGCAUACACAAAGAUCUUUCUCUUCACCUGACAGUCUGCAGAGACAGGCCAUGAUGAACAACAUGUGGCAGGUUCAGAUGCAGCAGGUGCUCCAGUUCAAUGGAGGUCUCCAGCAGGGCAUGCAGCAACUGCGCAGUCCUGCAGACAGUAAUCACUGGCAACAGGAUCGGUCCGGCCAGCGUGGUCAUCGCCACUUUCAGCAGGACAAUAACAACCCUCAUGGCAGAGAUCAACGGCACGGCAACAGUGGGAACGGCUAUGACCGGCAUCGACGCGACAGCCAGCGAGGUGACUUCUAUCACCAUGAUGACCGCAGCGGAGGACACAACAGAAAUCACCCUCCUGAAAGACGGAGAGACUCGAGAGAGGGACGAUGGAAACCCUUUUAAAAGCAUUUUAGUUCUCCCGUAAGCAUUUUUAAUCAACUGUUUUAAUAACCUUUUGUUAUCCUCCUAGAUUUUAAUUUUUUUAUUCCGUAGAUCGCAUCUCAACUGUUUAUAUAUAUAUAUAAAAAAAAUAAUAAGUUAGCAGUGCAACUGCUUUUGACAUGAGGUUAAGGCAUUUAGACUGGAAAUUGUUUGUAGAGAUGCAAGAACAAAAAAAAAAUAAUACAAAACCAGUAAUAAAUUGGCCAUUUUGUGUGCUGACCUGUUUUAAAUCUAUGUUUUGAUCUCAGGGGGAUACCUAUGUUUAUAUAAUUUUUAUUUUUAAGAAUGUCCUUUUUGAGAUGUAUUUCUGUACAACAGCAAAAUGCAUAAAUGAACAAAAUAUGGUAGAUUUCUUUUUCUCUAGAGAUUUGUAAUUUCUCAGGAUUUCUCAUGAAAAAUAGAAAACUAGUUUUCAGGUGACUUAUGUUUGAUAAACAAUGUUUUAUGGGUUUUUGUUUUUACUGAUUUUGCUUACUACGUUCCUCUUUUGGGAGUGAUUAGGAUAAUGUUGAUUAUUAAUUCAUCAAGAUAGUCUUUGAAAAUUUGGAGCAAUAACUAGUUUUAAUACUUUGGUAUAUACACGAUUUUUACUGUCAAGUGCAACAUUUGAUUUCAUAAAAAUCACUGUUUACUGA